AUUGGUUUCAUGUUUUGGUGCACGCGGAUCCUAGGCGGAAGUGAACAUUCGAGCAAUUUCCUUUUCCUAUUCGUAAAAUUUUGAAAUCUUAGAAAAUAUCACAACUUUACCAAAGUUUGGUAGAUUAGAUAGAUCGUUGCUGUGUGGGUAAACUCAUGGAGGUGACCGAUUUGAACGAUCUUUUAAAUGUACGCACUAUCAAAAUGGAAAGUGUUGAAAAUGCUUUUGAGGAAGCUGCGGGCAGUGUAGAUACAUCGGAUCCUCUUUCCGUGAUACCUCAAUACGUUACCGAGUCUGAUUUAGGUCUGUUGCCGACGGGAGUGGAGAUCCUGCAGGCUCCACUGGCCGUGUUCGAGGAUGCUCCGGAGGACGAAGACACGAUGCAGAGCACUGACUCUAGCGAGGAGGUAAUAGUGCAGUUAAUGGACAUCCGAACCCGCCUGUCCAAAUUAAGAGAUAUGUUGGAACGGAGACUGGGCGUCGAUCUGUCAGACUACACCUUCUGGCUGCAAGAUGCUAAAAUGCUUGAAAACCAUAAGACCCUGGUAGAGCAGUGCAUCAGAGGCGAGGGCGUUGUACAGGUCAACAUACAAGUGCGAGCGGCGGAGAGGAAGAUAAACAUACUGGAUGUUUUGAAACCGGACGAGGAACUAGUGGCAUUACCCACACCUACCCAAGAUGUAGAAGAGACGGUAGAGGAAACGGAAAUAGAGUCUGAACCCGCGCCACACGCCGCCGCCGUCAAGUGGGUGGUGGACGCUAACUUUAAACAACACCACAGUCGCGCCAGCAUACCAGAAGACCCGGCCGAUUGGUCCGUUCAGCACGUCAAACUAUGGAUACAAUGGGCAGUGCGACAGUUCAAUCUGACAGGUGUCAAGCUGUCAGAUUGGCACAUAAGCGGGUGGACGCUGUGUGCGCUCACUAAUCUAGACUUCAAAGAAAAAGUACCAUCGGACCCGGGCGACUUGUUCUGGACGCAUUUUGAACUUUUGAGGAAAUGCAAAUUUAUUGCCGUGGUACAGAGCCAAAACCAAACGAAACCAGACCCUCUGGAAACGCCACAGUCAGCCAUUAAGAAACGACCCAAAAUGCAGGUGAUCCACACAUACACAGACGAGGAGGCUACGUUCGCCCACACUCGGAACGGCAAUAAUGGACAAGUGCAGCUGUGGCAGUUCCUGCUGGAACUGCUGACUAGCGCGGAACACCUGGACGUGAUACGGUGGCACGGCACGGAGGGCGAGUUUAAGCUCCUCGAGCCGGAGCGAGUGGCUCGACUGUGGGGGGCGCGCAAACACAAACCGGCCAUGAACUACGAGAAACUGUCCAGGGCUCUGAGAUAUUAUUACGACGGGGAUAUGAUCGCGAAAGUUGCCGGGAAAAGAUUCGUGUACAAGUUCGUGUGUGAUCUUCAGCAGUUACUCGGGUACGGCGCGGGCGAGCUCGCGCAACUCGUGCAGGAGGUCCACGACGACGGGCACGAGGCGUAG